AUGUGGUCGUCGUGGUCGUUCCUGGAUUCCCCGUUGAGAUGCUCGUCGUGGUCGUUCCUGGAUUCCCCGUUGAUCUCUCGGGUCGUUACAGGGGUUUCAGUUGAUGUGGUCGUCGUGGUCGUUCCUGGAUUCCCCGUUGAGAUGCUCGUCGUGGUCGUUCCUGGAUUCCCCGUUGACGUGCUCGUCGAGGUCGUUACAGGGGUUUCAGUUGAUGUGGUCGUGGUGGUCGUUCCUGGAUUCCCCGUUGAGAUGCUCGUCGUGGUCGUUCCUGGAUUCCCCGUUGACGUGCUCGUCGGUGUGUUCUGGAUUCCCCGUCGAGAUGCUCGUCGUGGUCGUUCCAGGACUCCCCGUUGA